AUGGGCUCAGUCGAUUCAACCAAGGUCGUCGACGCUCUGAUCAUUGGAGGAGGUGUGUCGGGACUGGCAGCUGCACUCACGCUCGCCCGACAACAGCACACCGCCGUGGUCCUUGACUCUCAAGUCUAUCGCAAUGCGCCCAGCGGUCACAUGCAUAAUGUCUUGACGUGGGAUCGCGAGGAUCCGGCGACAUUCCGCGCGGCUGCGAAGAAGAACAUUGAGGACGGCUACACCACGAUUACGUUCGAGACGACCGAGAUUGCCUCGAUUGUGAACGAGCCCAAUGCUCCUCAGCAGCGCUUCACGGCCACGAGCACUUCAGGAGCUGUAUGGGUGGGAAGAAAGGUCAUUCUCGCCACCGGAGUUCGUGAUAUAUACCCAGACAUUGACGGCUAUGGCGACUGUUUUGGAAAAGGGAUUUAUCACUGCUUUUUCUGCAAAGGGUACGAAGCACGAGGCUCUGAGCACGCAGCCAUUCUGGCCCUACCCGACUUAUCGAGUGUGCCGGCGGCGCUUCACGCUGCUCGAACGGCUGCAAGGUUCACCAAAUCCAUUACAAUCUACACACACGGCUCGGACGAGCUGCAAGAAGGUCUGAUUGCGGCACAGGGCAGCAACCAGAUAUUUAAACUAGACAACCGUAAGAUUGCUCGCUUCGAAAAAGGGCCGGGCUUUGCGGACGUGCUUGUGCACUUCGAGGAUGGUGAAGUCGUGUCAGAAGCGUUCAUUGGUCACAAGCCGCCCACAACAGCAAGCGGGAAGCUGCAUGAUCAGCUCGGUUUGGAGAUGACGGCCGCAGGCGACCCUGUGAUUAAGCCAAUGUUCUGCGAAACGUCGGUAAAGGGAGUAUUUGCGUGCGGCGACAGCGCCUCUCCCAUCAAGAUCAUCCCGCAGUCCUUGUUCUCGGGAUCCGCAGCGGCAGCGGCAGUCUGUGCCCAAAUUCAAGCUGAGGAUGCGAGCCAGUCGUGUAUCUUCUAG